UGCAUUUUCGGAAUCUAACUCUAAAACCAAAUAACGAGAAAAGAGGAAUCGAUUUGAGAGAGAGAGGGGCAACGAAGAAGAAACAAAUAUGCAGGGAGUUACAGCGAGAAGGGUAUUAUCGGGGAGAAGUUCUCUGAUCGCGCAGCGCUGGCUCUCUCAGGUAGCCCAGAAGGAGAACCCUGUCCAAGAAAAUGUCGUUUCUCCUCCCAAAAUGCCCCCCUUCGAUUACUCUCCUCCACCUUACAACGGGCCCUCCGCCGCCGAGAUCUUGGCCAAGCGCAAGACGUAUCUCAGCCCUUCUUUGUUACACUCAUACAGCAAAGCCUUGAACGUGGUGGAUGGAAAGAGGCAGUACUUGUUCGACGACGAGGGGCGUAGAUAUUUGGACGCUUUUGGGGGGAUCGCUACGGUGUGCUGCGGGCACUGCCACCCGGAUGUGGUCGAGGCAAUUGUCAACCAAACGAAGCGCCUGCAACACUCCACCGUCCUCUACCUCAACUCCGCCAUCGCUGAUUUCGCCGAGGCCCUCGCCUCCAAGUUGCCCGGUGACCUCAAGGUGGUGUUCUUUACGAAUUCUGGGACGGAGGCAAACGAGUUGGCGAUACUGAUAGCCAAGUUGUAUACAGGGUCCCAAGACAUAAUAUCGCUGAGAAAUGGUUACCAUGGAAACGCAGCUGGGACAAUGGGAGCCACAGGUCAGAGCAUUUGGAAAUAUAAUGUUGUGCAGGGUGGAGUUCAUCAUGCCUUGAAUCCGGACCCAUACAGAGGAGUUUUUGGUACAGAUGGAGAGAAGUAUGCAAAAGAUGUGCAGGAUCUGAUUGACUUUGGAACUUCUGGCAAUGUUGCUGCUUUUGUAUCUGAAGCAAUUCAGGGAGUGGGAGGGAUUGUAGAACUGGCCCCUGGUUAUUUGCCUCCUGUUUAUAGCGGUAUAAAGAAAGCAGGAGGCCUUUGUAUUGCUGAUGAGGUUCAGUCUGGGUUCGCUCGCACAGGGAGCCACUUCUGGGGUUUUGAGACCCAAGGUGUGGUGCCUGACAUUGUGACAAUGGCAAAGGGCAUUGGAAAUGGCAUUCCCCUUGGGGCGGUGGUAACCACUCCUGAGAUUGCAGAGGUUUUGAGUCGCCGCUUGUACUUCAACACCUUUGGUGGGAAUCCAGUAUGUACUGCCGCAGGAUUGGCAGUUCUGAGAGUCAUUGAGAAAGAAAAUCUUCAGGAGAACGCUCUUGUUGUUGGGUCAUACGUGAAAGAAAGACUAAAUGCACUCAAGGAUAAAUAUGAAAUUAUUGGGGAUGUGAGGGGAAGAGGACUUAUGCUAGGAGUUGAACUUGUCACUGAUCGCCAGCAGAAAACUCCUGCAAAGGCUGAAACUCUGCACAUAAUGGACCAGAUGAAAGAAUUGGGAGUGCUGAUUGGGAAAGGAGGAUACCAUGGAAAUGUAUUUAGAAUCACACCUCCCCUCUGCUUCACCAAGGAAGAUGCAGAUUUCCUUGUAGAUGCAAUGGAUCACGCAAUGUCUAAGAUGUGAAGCCCCUCCAUCUUUUCUGAGCGAGGCUCCUCCAUCUAAAUUUGGACAAAGAUGUCUAUAUAUAAUCUGUCUUAAGUUAUAUUUUAAAGUCUGUGAGUCAAAAUAACUAAAAUAUACAUAUAUACCAAGUUCCUGCUUGAAUACAA